UUCUUGUUAAUGAAAUAAAAUACAGCAUGGAGGCCGGGACCCCUGAGGGUCCGCGCACGCGCGCCGCGCUGGCGGAGAUCCCCGCGCGGCUGGACCGCCUCCGCGUCACCCCCCGCCCCCUCACCGCCAUCACCAACAACCGGGAGCUGUCCCCCUCCCUACCACCCGGGUACCUCAGCCCGGCGCCCUCGCCCGAGGAGUUCCUGAUACAGCAGAGAGGUCGCAAGCGUUUGCCGGUAACAUGGUCUCCCGACAUCGAUUUAAAGCGGACCGCAUUUCAAUCCACCGUUCGCACUCCGCCCAAAAAUCCAACCGAUCGCCAUUCCCCACCCAAACUCGGCGUCACUUUAAGAUCCACACCGAGGAAACGUCUUCUACUCGGCGACGAGCGCAUACCACUCUCGCCGGAGAAAAUCGACUUUAGCGACCUCAGCACCCCACAGAAGUUCAAAAUUAACAGCCCCAUCAAGGGCACUCCACCCAUCAAGCGGUGCAGACUCGACAAAAUCCUGGACGCCGAUACAUCUACCCCUAUCGACACGGCGCUAAAGGGACUUAGCCCGACCCAGCUCAUCCGCAUGAUAAAGAACAUAACGCAGACUCAUCCCGAAAUCGAGCAGGAGAUAAGAAGGGACAUGCCCUCCCCGGAUCUGGAGCCUUUGGACGAGAAACUCAACUAUUUCAAAUCGAACAUCUACAGAAGCAUACCAACGUCUCGCUUGAUGUCCAAAACCGAUUCCCCGGCCUUCUCUAGGGCGAGUACGCACGUGGCUUCCUUCAAAAAGUGUUUAAUCGAGCAGGGCAAGGUCCUAGUGGAAUCGCAGCAUUGGGAGUCCGUUAUGAAAUAUGUGUUCCUCGCUUGGAAGCAUGUGAAAUCGACUCCGGUUUGGGACAACCAGUCGCACAAUACGCAAAGGAAGCAAUGUUUUAAGGCACUAGCUAAGUUCUGUAUGACGGCUCUAAAGAAGGGCAGUUUUCGGAAGGAGUUUAUGAUGGAGAUACACGACAAACUGCGGGGCAUGGAAACUGAUAUUGACGACAUACAGUCCUGCCUGACGCAUGUGAACGGUCUUUUAGGCAUUGUGUAAUAUCCAUUGCUCUAUAAACUGUUCUCUUAGCAAUGAAAAGAUCCACACUUUGUAUACAGACGUUGUACAAUGUUUUUUCUUUGUCUGUGAAAACUUACAAGCCCCUUCAGACUAGGACAAAACACUGUAUGAGUAAAACGUCUAUACAGAGUGGAUAUUUUUAUAAGGAGAAAAUCUAUUAGCAUAAUAUUAGGGUCAAUCUUACCGGAACACGCAAAUGAGGAUGUUACUGUGCGUACUGAAAAUACGUUUUCAGCUGUACUCUCAUGCGUCUUGGACCUUGGUGUGAUUCACCUUUAGGCGAACUUUGACAAGUUAACAAUUACCGUUGUAUGGUCGCUGACAAACGUACAUUACCACUUUUUGUAUAUCUACUUGAAUAUAUUACUAAGGCAAUAUGAAAACUUUAAGAAGCAAGCAAAACGGAACAAAAUUUUGCGCAUUACGCAAAUACAGUAACUUUUAGGUGGUAUGAAAAUUAUUAUUUGCAUGGCGAUGCGAGUUCGACUCGCAUCUGACGAGUUUUUUAACAGAGUUAACCAUUAUGAUAUUUAUUGUUUAGGUCAGUGCUAUUCAACCUGUGGCUCACGAAGCUCUUGGUCGCCAGAGGUCAAGAUUAUUAUUUAUUUCUUUAAAAUACGGUAAAUAUUAAAGCGAUUGACAUAUUAUAUUAUGUGGGGAAACAUACACGAUAAAAGAGUGUUUGGGGGUCCAUAGUUUUUUCAUACCACUUCAUAAAUGGUCACAUCAUGAAAAAGGUUAAAAACACUGGUUUAGAUCAUAUUUUGCUAAAAUAGUCAAACAUGAAAGUUUAAAUUGGAACUUAGGAAUAACGGUUUGAAGUUAUGCAAUUGUUGCAAUAUUUUUGAUAAGUACUAAAAUUUUUAGUCAGCUCAAACAUAGCCAAAGCUAAGUUAUUGAAUUAUUAUUAAGAAGUUUCCAAAUAUGCAUAACAUUAUUAGCGGUCAUUAUAUAUAUUUUAAUAUAAGUAAGUUCUUUAUUCCACGAAUUUAAAAAAAUAUUUUUGCAAAUAUGUAAUUAGCUUAAUGACUGCUUGAGUAAGGGUGAGCAUUUAAAAAUGUUAAGUAAUUUUAGGCUCAUUAUUAGUAAUGGAUCUAUCAUUACUUUUUAUGAAACUUGUUUAUAAAAAUUAGAUUAGAAAAAUAAUUAGAAAUUCAAGACUUUUGAAUGUGUGACUGAAUAUUUACCCAGCUUACCAUAUAAUAAUAUUAUGUAAAUGCCUAAUGAGUAAAUUGGCUUAAUAACUUGUUACAUAUUUUGACCAAGCACAGAAAAUAAACCCAGUGAAAUAAUGCUGGUCAAAAAUUUGAUCUCCAAGUUUUAAGUUUCAAGUAAACCCAAUUCUAGUAUAGUCUGAUCAAUGGUUCUCAACAAUUGUUGUUUGUGUAUGAAAAAGUACCGUCAAAGAAAUUUAUUCAUAGGCAGUUUUCAGACCACCUAUUUUGGUCGGGUCACGAAUAAUUUUGACUUUUGACUUGACAUACAAGUCAAAAUAUUCGUGAUCUUUCUGGCUUGACGUCAUGACUAUGAAUCAAUUUUUUUGAUAGCACAAAAUACGAAAUUUUUAAUUAGGAUGUUGGUUUUGACCUAAAGAAAUUCAUGGCCGUUUUCCAAAAUGCCUUGUUAGUUUAAAUAUGAAAUUAGGUAAAUAUUUUUAAGAAAAACAAUAAUUGUUUAAUUGUUUUAAGUAAGGAAACAAAAGGUUAGUUAAAUUGAUAUAUUUUUGUAUUUGGCUGUUAUAAACUACCUCUAAGGAACUUGUGAAUUGUGAUUAAGUGCCUUCAUAUUAUUCUUGUUAAGUACAACUUUCAUUUUCCUUUCAUUUUAGAAUUUGCUGAUAAAAAUUAUAACCCAGUAGAUACGGUAUUUAUUUAAGUACUUUGUAAUAUUUUGAUUGCAUCUAGAAACCACAGCAACAAUAUUAAAAAAAAUGUUUACAAGCUCAGACCAAACAAACAACAAAUACAAAAUAACGAUUUUUUGUUGACAAUACAAAUCUUUUUUUUUUGUAUACUCUUUUUCAAUCUGUUUUGAUCUAACUGCAAAGUUUAGUAGUAUAAUGCUGCCAAUUUAAAUGCAAUGAUCCGAGCCAUGGGCGUACCGAGUGGGGGGCAGCUGCCCCCCCCCCCUGGAUCA